AGACUUCUACAGAAAAUCAUGGGCAACACUAAGAUCUUAUUGAUGCUGCUGACCCAUUCUUUCCUCUCAGAUGAGGGAGAAUCCACACCAGAAACUAAACUACUCUCAUUGCACCAGACCUGUGAUUUCACUGAUGUACUUACAAGGAUGAGCGCUGAACUGGCUGAACAGAAAGUGAAGAUGGAGCAGCUGCGGGAGGAAAACCAGGCUCAAGUGGCUGAACUGAAUGCCCUGAAGGCCAGGUCCACCGUCACUGAAAGCAAAGUGGAGGCUCUGACUCAAGAAAGGACAGUCAAGCAUGUGGCCUUUUCUACUGCGUUAAUUGAUUCAGGUGAAAAGACUCUUGGACCUUUCAAUGCAGAAACUACUAUUGUCUAUAAGCAUGUGGCCUCAAACAUUGGAAAUUACUACAGUACUGAGACAGGUAUGUUCACUGCCCCGGUCAGAGGAGUGUACCACUUUGAGAUUUUUGCACUUUCAAUGGGAGACAUCCCUGUAGAUGCAUAUUUGAGGAAGAAUGGGCAGGGUGUUUUUAUGGCACAUGAGUCCCAACCAUCUGGGCAUGGCACUGGGGGCAACGCAGUCACACUGCUUCUGGAGGCUGGAGAUGUGGUAUACGUCACUUUGCCUCCUAACCGCAGACUUUUCGACAACAAGAAUCACCACAACACUUUCAGUGGUCACCUGCUGUUCACAAUGGAAAACUCAAACUAAGUCUUUAUAGUUAAGACAUGCAAAUCAAUGAAAACCGAUAUACAAUACUAAUUUAAUUUGCUAUAUCUAGAUCAGACCAGUCCCUACAUGAGACUAUCCCAACAGUUGUUUGGGAUAAGCUGCGAUAAAACCAUUGUAAACCGUGGACCACAACUACCUGUCUGUGUCUGGAUUUGUUUUUAACCUUGCUCACUGAACCCCAAGCCGCUCACGGUCAACCUACACCACAACCAUCAUUAUUAUAUAUACUAAAUCAUUGAAAAUAACUUAAAUAAAAUAACCUAUCAUAAAAUAAAUUACAUUACAGACUUGUAUCUUGUAUCUUUAUUUUUUCUCCAACCAGUAAUAUGGUUUGGUUACUUCAGUGUCCCAGCAUUAUACAGAGCCCAGGUAAAUGGAGAAGGAAUCUGGCAUAAAUAAAAUACACAAAAAACAUAUUCAAAUGAACUUCGAGAUCCAAGGCUUCUGUAAUGUUAUUAAACUCUUUCUGUGCUCAAAACACUUGUACACAGGUUCAGUGUUACAUCUGUCAAUCUACUGCUCCACUUGUCUACUAGUAACAAGUACAAUGCAACAUCAUGUUUAAGAGCUGUUCAAACACACUCUCUUGUUGAUGUGGAGCACCAUUAAACAUUUAGAUCAAUGUUGCAGAACAAGGUGAAGCAAUUUCAAAUGACUGGUUAAAUCUCAAGGAUCAUUAAAAUUACAUAAACCUUAAAAAAAAAAAAAAAAAAUUCUGAAAUUAAUUCUUGGUUCCCUUAUCUUACUCUUUGAGGCAAUAUAUUUUGAGUGACUUAUGCAUGCUUUAGCAAUCCUGUACUGUCCUGCAUUUAAAUCAACAAUUCUCAGAAAAAGAAGUAUAGAAGUAAAGAAAAAAGAAGUAUAGAAGUUUCAUCAACAAAAAUGUAUUUUCAGUUUCAGUCUACACUAGUUUUGGCCAUAAAAGCUUAGAGCAGAUGUUGUAAAGUAGACUUGGCAUAGCCCACACAAAUUCAAGGAGCUAUUUUCUAACUUUGAUUGGCAGCUGAGUUCCUAAAGAUGGUCCUCUGUCAGAUUUCAUUAUAAAUUAGUGCAUUUUAAAGCGCUGAGUGACUAUUUGUGGCGGUACUUAAGUGGGAGAGAUAUCCCUUUAGCACUACUUUAUACAUCCGCCAAUCCGCUUAAUCUAGGUUUAAACCAUCAAUCCUUACUUUGUACAAGAACCCCCACUCUGUG